UAUGAUCAUUAUACAUUCGCAAAAACACUAUUUGAUUCAAAGGAAUAUUCUAGAUGUGCUUUUAUUUUACAAAAACAAACUAAACCAUCGACAAUGGAUAAGAAAUGUUUAUUUGUUGAAUAUUAUGCUCUCUUCCUAUCGGGUGAGCAACAAAAACAACAAGAAGUAUUGGAAUAUAGUUUAAAUAAUUCAUCAAGUACAACAGCUACUGGGGUAGGAACCAAUGCUAAUGCUCAUCAUCAAAUGAUUCAUCAACAAAGAAAUCAACAAAAACAUCACAAUCAAACUCAAAACAAAUAUCUUAGAACUAUAUUGAAUGAUCUUAAAACAUUGCAUACAUUGGAUCAAAUGGAUUCCUAUCUCUACUAUUUGUUUGGAGUCAUACUAAAGGAAAUGGAAAUGAAGAGUAAAGCUCUCGAUUGCUUUAUCAAAAGUGUAAAUUAUGAACCACUUAUGUGGGGAAGUUGGUUGGAAAUUGUUUAUAUUCUUAUUGAUUUAAUGCAAGAUACUACUCAAAAUGACAAUCAAUCCACUUUAAUGUCUAACACAUUUAAAAAGUUCAAAAGUAUUUUAAAACAACAUUGGAUGAUGAAGGUUUUCAAAUCUAGACUUCAAUUGGAAACUCUUUCAAGCCAAGGCAGUUUUACUCAAUUAGAUUUGGAUGAUGGCAAUGAAAAUCAAACAUUCAACUUGAUUCAAGAUUUAUGUUCACAAUUUCCAAACUCUAAUUAUUUAUAUUCUCAACUAGCAAUGUUGAGCUACCAUCAACAAGACUUCCAACAAGCUCAAGAAUAUUUCGAACACAUCAAAAAGAAAGAUCCUUUUAGAUUAGAGUUUUUGGAUACAUACUCUAAUAUUUUAUAUGUGAGAGAAGAAAAAGCUGAAUUGAGUAAAUUGGCACACGAACUACACUCAAUAGAUAAGUAUAGAGUUGAGACAUGUUGUGUUAUUGGCAACUAUUACAGUUUAAGAGGUGAUCAUGAAAAAGCUGUCUUGUAUUUUAAGAGAGCACUUUCAUUAGAUCCAAAAUAUUUAUCAGCUUGGACAUUGAUGGGACACGAGUAUAUUGAAAUGAAGAAUACUAAAGCUGCUGUUAAUGCCUAUAGAAGUGCAGUUGAAAUUCAAUCAACAGAUUACAGAGCUUGGUAUGGUUUAGGCCAAACCUAUGAAAUGUUAGACAUGUCUGAUUAUGCUUUGUAUUAUUAUAGCAAAUCGUGUAGUUUAAGACCAUAUGAUGGAAGAAUGUGGUCUGCUCUUGCAAAUUGUUAUGAAUCAUUAGAACAAUUUGAUGAUGCACUCAAAUGUUAUCAACGAGCAUAUGAUAACAGAGGUGAACAAUUGAGUACACUACUCAAGAUGGCUAACAUAUUUAGAAGAUUAGAUCAAAAUGAUAGAGCAGUUGAAUUAUAUUCGAAAUGUUUA